AUGUCGAUCUACGGCGUUCUCGCGGACAACUCCGUGGACCCGAGGAGAAGUAACAAGUCCUCACGUAAAGUGUAUACUGUUUCUCCCCCUCGCAGGUCGCGACAGGGCCAUUCUAGGCCCCGCGACCAAUAUGAGGCUGUAGGUGAGUCGGAUCGCAGAGGGAGUCGCUAUGACUCCCCUCGAUCGGAUCGCCAAGGGAGUCGCCAUCGCUCCCCUCGUUCAGGUCUCCGAGGGAGUCGCCAUGAUUCCCCUCGAUCGGAUCACGGAGGGAGUCGCCGCGAUUCCCCUCGAUCAGAUCGCAGAGGGAGUCGCAGUGAUUCCCCUCGAUCAGAUCGCCGAGGGAAUCGCUGUGAUUCCCCUCGAUCAGAUUGCAGAGGGAGUCGUCAUCACUCCCCUCGAUCAUAUCGCCGAGGGAGUUGCAAUGAUUCACCUCGAUUCAGCGAACGAGGGAGUCGCUAUGAUUCCCCUCUAUCAGAUCGCCGAGGGAAUCGCUAUGAUUCCACUCGAUCAGAUUGCAGAGGGAGUCGUCAUCACUCCCCUCGAUCAGACGACAGAGGGAGUCGCUUUGAUUCACCUCAAAACCGGAGGGGUGACCGGUAUGAUAAUAGUAGGGAGCGAGAAUAUCGCUAUUAUGACCAGGAUUCCCCUCGAAGUCACAGGAGUGACCGUAGUGAGUCAAGAGGCCAACGUCCUAGGUCUCCUUCCCCAUAUCGUAGAUCCCCUCGUAGGUCGCAUGAUCUGCGUAGGCGGGAUCAGAGAGGGGAGAGUAGCGAGGGUGUAGAAUUCGAAUCGCCACCCCAUGUGAGGAGGACGAUGCACCCACCUAUUCGGGACUCACAGUCACAGUCCGAUAAGGCUCCUACCAUUAGGAAAUCGAACUUGCCCCCAACCCCUCCGGCACAAAGCGGCUUGGAAAAGAGGGUUACUUCUCUGGAGGGCAAGAUGGAUAAGAUGGAGGGCAAGAUGGACUCGAUAAUUGAAGCGCUGAAGACGUCCCUUUCAGUGAUAGGGCUCUUACAGACUUCAGUCCAGAGUCUGGUUGACAGCGUGAGAAAGUCGCAAGCUUCUCCCGCCCGCUUCAGGGGCAGAGCCUCUCCCGCCCGGGGGAAUUUCUUACCGGGCCGGAAUAUGGCCUGCUACCAGUGCGGGAAAUUAGAACAUUUUAAAAUAGAAUGUCCCGAGAGAAGUCCCGGACUUAAGGUUUCCUUCGUCUCCGAGGACCCGGGAAACGACUCUGGAUCAGCAUUGGGGUUGGACAAGGGUGGACCAGUGUACAAUAAUUCGGUAGCAUUUGGAAGGGAUUCGCCUCCCCCGGAAACGGGGAUUAAUGGUGUUUCCUCUGAUGCUACAACUAGUGUGAACCCACAUCCCGUUUUGGGUUUGGAUAAGGGUGUACCAGUGGACAAUAAUUCAGUAGCAUUUGGAAGGGAUUCGCCUCCCCCGGAAACGGGGAUUCAUGGUGUUUCCUCUGAUGCUACGAUUAAUGAUAACAUCCACGAAUCUAAGCAGAUUGGUGGCGGCCAGGACAGCAUCGGUAAAGUGGAAGUGCCGGGGGAAGUUCCCAACCCAAUCUCUAGUAAGAAAGAGCUUCCUUCUCACUCCCCUUCCGCGGGUGCGACCCAUGGGGCCAGGCCUCCAACGGAGCCAAGCCCAUGGCUGACACCCCCCUGGCCACCGCCUACCGGUCAGAAUCCCGACAACCCAAAACUGGACAUGGACAGAUGUAUGCCGCAGUAA